AUCGGGUUUUAGUAACCGAAUGGUGCCUUUCCAUUAAUCUGAACAGUCAAAAUGAGAAGAGCUGGGUUCCUGACAAAAUUCAUUAGGUCGAAAUCAAGUUUCCCUAUUGUUUCUUGCUCAAAAGGAGCGUAUUUAGAAUGCAACUUGAGCUCUAGAUGUCACAGGUUUUUGGGUCCUUAUCGGAGUCACGUUGUUCCCCGAUUGCAGAUGUCAAUUGUUCCUUACAAGCUUUCGGAUAUUGGCGAAGGAAUAAAAGAAGUCGUUAUAAAAGAAUGGUUCAUCAAAGAAGGAGAUACCGUUAAUCAGUUUGAUCAGAUUUGCGAAGUGCAGAGUGAUAAAGCGUCAGUGACCAUCACAAGUAGGUAUGACGGAAUUGUCAGAAAACUGUACUAUGAAGUUGAUGAAACAGCCCAAGUGGGGCUUCCGUUUGUCGACAUAGAAGUGACUGAAGAAGAAGAUACAAGCUCGAGCCUAGAUUCCAUCACAGAAAAUAUAGCAGACUCGGAAGGCCAAGAGCUAUCAGAUCCUUUCGAAAGGCAGAAAACUCCAGUUGAAAAUGAGUCACUUGGUAAAGUUUUAGCGACCCCAGUCGUGAGACGGAUGGCAUCCGAAAUGAAAAUUGAUUUAACAACGGUUUUUGGAACGGGGCCAAAAGGCCGAGUCUUGAAGGAAGAUUUGAUCAAUUUCCAGAGCAAGGAACCCAAGACCGCUUUCAUAGAAUCAUCUGAGUGCAAAACGCCAACAAGUUUCACCAGUAGUUUCCAACCAGCACCAGUUGCCUCCAGUCAUGACACAGUUGUGAAAUUGACAGCAUACCAGAAGGGAAUGCACAAAGCGAUGACAUCUUCGCUGCAGAUUCCACAUUUCACAUACAGCGAUGAAGUGAAUAUGAACUCCUUAGUGGCAAUGAAGCGAGAGUUGAAAUCUAUUGGGAAGAAAAUGGGAGUCAAGAUCACGCUUCUCCCCUUCAUGAUCAAGGCGGCUUCUCUAGCUCUGAAACAGUACCCCCAGAUCAAUGCUCACUAUCUCCCAGAAGAGGAAGUGGUACUACUGAAGGGAUCACAUAAUGUGGGGGUUGCAAUCGACACUCCUCAAGGUCUGUUAGUUCCAAACAUCAAAAACUGUGAAGUCAAAUCAGUGGUCGAAAUUGCACACGAUUUGAACGAACUUCAAAAACUAGCCGAUGAUGGAAAUGGGAAAGUAUCUUUCCAGCAGUCUCAUUUAUCCGGAGGCACAUUUAGUCUAUCGAAUAUUGGAUUUCUGGGAGGAACUUAUACAAAACCGGUUAUAGCUCCACCAGAAGUGGCCAUUGGUGCUAUUGGAAGAAUUCAGGUCUUACCGAGAUUUGAACUCGUAACCCAUGGGUCGAAAGAUAAUUACUACGAAAACGAUUACAAAGUUGUUCCGACUAAUGUUUUGAAUAUAAGUUGGUCGGCUGAUCAUAGAGUUUUAGAUGGAGCUACAAUUUGCAGAUUCUCAAACCUGUGGAAAUCUUAUUUAGAAAAUCCAAAACUCAUGCUACUUUAUUUAAAAUAGACGUUUGAUUUAGCAGUUAUUUAUUGAGGUUUGCUGGUUAAACUUUUGAACCCUAAUUUUUGUUCUAAUGGAAACUUCUUCAUAAUAGGUGGUAAAUUUGCCAAUGCUACCUGUACAUGUACCAAAUUUUUUUUUAUUAUUUUGGAUAUUAUGAUCUAACUGUAGCGACGGCGCAUUCUUUUCUGUAUAUCGUACCACCUCUUUUAAUUUAUCACCAAUAUUAGAUCUAAAAAUUGUUUUCAAAAUAGAUUUCAGUAUUUGGGUUUGAUCAUUAAACCAGUUAUUUAUUUAAUGGUUAGUAUAGCUGGAUUAGUAUAGACUAUCGUUUGCAGUUUUGAUAUCUUGCUGUAAGUUAUGAAAAUAUGCCGAUGCAAUAAUAUAGAUGAUUUUAUAGUAUGUUCGUAUCUUAUAUUUAGAUCUUGUCUGAGCCGCUGUCAUAUUAUGAGAUAUUUAUACGUGGAUAAUUUAAGUUUCACAAAUUGAUAAAAUGGUUAAGCUUUUGUAAAGUUUAACUAAUCUGGGGAUUAAUUAUGUGAUCCAUUCUCACUUUUGAACCCAUUUUGACCAAAAACUUAAGUUUUAAAUGGUUGAAUUGUGUGCGUUUAAAUUUGCGUUCAAUGUUUUGGCUGCGUUUUAGGACUCAGUUUUGAGACGUCCGAAGUAUUUGGAAACUGAUUCACUCAAAGCUAAUUAAACACCCCUCGUUAACCGCAUAAUAAUUAUUUAGAAGUUAUUUCUAAAACUUGGGGAGUGUUUUGAACGCUCAAUUUGUCGAGAAAAAAUUAUUACCGAACGAUUUUUGUAAUAUUACCAGAAUUGUGAUACUCGAACCCUUAUGAACGCUUUUUCAGCACUGCCUUUUGUUAUUAAGUGGAACCAUUAAUUAUUUAAUGAUCGAUACCU